AUGCAGGUGGAAAAUAAUGACGUUGGCAAAGCUCCGGAGGUUACCGAGGGCUCAGAUGAUACUGGUGAAAAGGAGGCUUUUGCUGAGCAGGGAGACAAAGUGAAAGCUACGUUCGUCAGCUUAGCCAGAAACAGAGACUUGUACGAAUUGGUUGAAUCAAUCCGUCAGGUUGAGGACAAAUUUAACAAGAAGUAUCAUUACGAUUGGGUGUUCUUGAACGAUGAUGAGUUUGAUACUGAAUUUAAAAAGGUCACAACUGCUAUGGUUUCUGGUACUACGUACUACGGUACUAUUCCUAAGGAGCAAUGGGGCUUCCCUGAAUGGAUUGAUACUGAUAAGGCUGCCAAGGUGAGAGAAGAAAUGAGAGCAAAGAAGAUUAUCUAUGGUGAUUCCAUAUCCUAUAGACAUAUGUGCAGAUACGAAUCUGGUUUCUUCUUCAGACAUCCAUUAAUGCAGCAGUAUGAGUAUUAUUGGAGAGUUGAGCCUGGCAUUAAGAUCUUUUGCAACAUCGAUUAUGACGUUUUCAAGCUGUUCAAGGACAAGAACUAUGCCUACGGUUUCACUAUCUCCUUACCAGAAUAUCGUGAGACCAUCCCAACUUUGUGGGAAACCACAAAGAAGUUUAUGGCUGAGUAUCCUCAAUACGUUGACAAGAAUAAUAUGCAAGAUUUCAUCUCUGACGACGGAGGUUCUUCUUACAAUGGAUGUCAUUUCUGGUCCAACUUUGAGAUUGGUGACUUGAAAUUUUGGAGAUCGGAUGCAUAUAUGAAGUACUUUGAAUAUCUUGAUAAGGCAGGUGGAUUUUUCUACGAAAGAUGGGGAGAUGCUCCGGUUCAUUCCAUUGCCGCCUCUUUGCUCCUACCAAAAGAAAGAAUCCACUUUUUCGAUGACGUUGGAUACUAUCACGUUCCAUUUUUCAACUGUCCUGUUGAUGAGAAAGUCAGAUUGGAGAACCAAUGUUCUUGCAACCCUAACGAUGACUUUACUUUCAAGGGGUAUUCUUGUGUCAACCGUUAUUACAAGGUUAACAACUUGAAAAAGCCAGACGGAUGGGAAAAGUACGCCAACUAA